GCGGGACUUCCGGUUAGGGGUAUAAACCAACUGAGGCCUUCACAUGCGGUUUUGAUCCAGUGCACUCGAAAUUACAAUCGUAAAAAAAAAAACACACAAUGGCUGAGAAUGACGUUGAUAACGAGCUGCUCGACUAUGAAGAAGAUGAAGAGCCCCAAGGAGCUCUAGAGAGUACAACUCCUGCAGGAAAGAAAGAGGUGAAGGGUUCCUACGUGUCCAUCCACAGCUCCGGCUUCAGAGAUUUCCUUCUCAAACCAGAGCUGCUCAGAGCCAUCAUUGACUGUGGUUUUGAACAUCCAUCUGAAGUUCAGCAUGAAUGCAUCCCACAGGCUAUCCUUGGGAUGGACAUCCUGUGCCAAGCCAAGUCUGGUAUGGGUAAGACAGCUGUGUUUGUGUUGGCCACACUGCAACAGAUCGAACCUGUUGAUGGGCAGGUGUCCGUAUUAGUCAUGUGCCACACGCGAGAGCUGGCCUUCCAGAUCAGCAAAGAGUACGAGCGUUUCUCCAAGUACAUGCCCACCGUGAAGGCAGCCGUGUUCUUCGGCGGCAUGGCCAUCAAAAAGGACGAGGAGACCUUGAAAAAGAACUGCCCUCACAUCGUAGUCGGGACGCCUGGUCGAAUCCUCGCUCUGAUCCGCAACAAGACCCUCRGCCUGAAAAAUGUCAAGCAUUUUGUUCUGGAUGAGUGCGACAAGAUGCUGGAGCAGCUAGACAUGAGGCGCGACGUGCAGGACAUCUUCAGGAUGACGCCCCACGAGAAGCAGGUCAUGAUGUUCAGCGCGACACUGAGUAAGGAGAUCCGACCAGUCUGCCGCAAGUUCAUGCAGGAUCCUAUGGAGGUGUUUGUGGAUGACGAGACCAAACUCACACUCCACGGUCUGCAGCAGUACUACUGCAAGCUGAAAGACAGCGAGAAGAACCGCAAGCUCUUUGAUCUUCUUGACGUGUUAGAGUUUAAUCAGGUGGUGAUCUUUGUCAAGUCAGUGCAGCGAUGCAUCGCUCUGUCUCAGCUCCUGGUGGAACAGAACUUCCCAGCUAUCGCCAUCCACAGAGGAAUGGCUCAGGAGGAAAGGCUGUCUCGCUAUCAACAAUUCAAAGACUUCCAGCGGCGAAUCUUGGUGGCGACAAACCUGUUUGGCCGAGGGAUGGACAUCGAGAGAGUGAACAUCGUCUUCAACUACGACAUGCCAGAAGAUUCUGACACCUAUUUGCACAGGGUUGCCCGUGCUGGUAGGUUUGGGACCAAAGGCCUGGCUAUAACCUUUGUGUCUGAUGAGACCGAUGCCAAGACUCUGAACGAUGUGCAGGACCGCUUUGAAGUCAACGUGGCCGAGCUGCCUGACGAGAUCGACAUCUCGUCUUACAUCGAACAGUCCAGAUGAGUCCUCYGACCAAACUGAAGUCUCCUCCGUGGAUCCCGUCUCUGUAUUUGGAAGUUGACCUGCUUCACCGUUGAUUUAAAAGCUCUGCAUGUUUCGUUCAUAAAACAUUUUAUUUUUGUCAGUUGGGAGGGUGURUGUGAGAUUUUAAUUUGUUUUUUAUGGUUUGUUUUUGCCUAAUUAAAACUUUUUAUAAAAUGUCUUUUUUUUAUCGUUUCCUGACAAGACAAAACCUCCACCCUGUUUUCAUUUAUUCUCGUGUUGAGCAGAGCUUCAGGGAGCCAUCCUGAGGAGAUGUAACAAAUACUUCAGCAGGUUGAAGUUUCUUUUUUCAAGCUAUAUUUGUGUAGUAAGUUAGUAUUUUUUUUUUUUUUUUUGCCCCCAGUGCAAAAAGAUUUUGUCAGAUAAUGGACUUUGAGAAAUUUUACACACAUGGCAGCUUUUUAAAUAACUUUCUACAGGAAUGCCUUCUAUAUUGACAGAGUAGAUACUUAGUGGUGAGUUUCGGUGAAGCAACAUGACCGAAACACACUGUAUAAAGAUAACUCUUACAUGUAUCUCUUGGUAUUUUGGUGUGCAUUGUUAAAUCAUCUAAAUGGUUAAAAUUAAAMUAUUGAACUGAA